UGCAAAAUCUCAGACGCUGCUCCCACCUUAUCCAACUCACUCCCUCUAAAAAAUGAGCAUAUACCUUCCCAUGGAUCCCUUUGAUUACUCUUCAACCCAACACCAAGAAUCAACAAACAAACAAUCUUCUUAAUCCACAGUUUCCCCAAACCACUUCCUUCUUCCUGCACAAAGAAAAAAAAGGAAAAUUCAUGGCUUGUGCAGCAACAAGACCCACCUUCUCUUUCCACCUCUCAACCUCUUUCCCUCAAUCCUCAUCUCCAAAACCCAGACCCCAUUUCAUCAAACUCUCAAUCCUUCACAAGCCCCACAGACUCAUCAGCACCGCACACUCCAUUGACAUCUCCAAAGAAGACACGCCCACAUCAAGCGAACAGCCAAAUUCACCCGCUCAAGAGCCGGAAGAAUCUCAAGAAAAGAUCGACAAGCGCCGCCUGGAAGAGAAGUUUGCAGUGUUAAACACAGGAAUAUACGAGUGCAGGUCUUGUGGGCACAAGUAUGAUGAAGCGGUGGGAGACCCGUCUUAUCCGAUCCCGCCGGGUCUGCAGUUUGAUAAGCUUCCGGAGGAUUGGAGAUGCCCGACUUGUGGGGCGGCGAGGAGCUUCUUUCAGAGUAAGAGUGUGGAGAUUGCUGGGUUUGCCGAGAACCAACAGUUUGGGCUUGGAGGAAAUACUCUGACUUCUGGGCAGAAGGCUGUGCUUAUAUAUGGGAGCUUGUUGUUUUUCUUUGUGUUGUUCUUGUCUGGGUACUGGCUGCAAUAGUUUGGAGUUGGAGAGGGAAAGAUAUGGGUAAUAGGUAAGAGUUUUUGUAGCUCUUUUUCUUUUUCUUUCUGAUCAUUUCCUUUCAAGUAAUAUUGGUGAUGUUCUGUUAAUGUAUAUUGAAUUGUAUUUCUGAAAUGGGAAAAAUGUUAUAAUUCAGGUUA